CAGCUAAUCACAGCGAAGGGUUUGCUCAGCGAGUCUCCCGGCCUGCAGCGGGAGCUCGAAAGCUCUCCCCACCCCCUCGGGCCCCCCAAGACACCACGACAGGGACGACCAGGCCACGUCUAUCGUUUAUUCCCCCUCGCCCUCAAUCGUACGAUCGUUUAGCCCAUGAUCGCCCUCACAACUGGGCAAAAGCAGCAGCGGUACCGACAAAUCGACCGCCUUGAUCCACGGACAUCGGACAUCGAUCCAACACCAUGGCGGGCUACCUCUUGCUCGCCAUUCCGACGAUCCUCGUCAGCUUGCUGUUCUCCCGGUCACCGUUCCUCAUGUCUAGCUCACCAACGACGGGCGCAAACCCAUGGGCCGACAGUCCCAUGAAGCUGAUCACGACACCUCAGUAUGAGACCAACCAGGCCGACCUGUUCACGACGGGUGCCACACACAUGGCCCUGCUGCAUAACUCGAUUCUGCGCGGAUACAACUCCAUCUACCACCAGGCACCCCAUGUCCAGGACCAGGACAAGGCCGACUUUGUAGGAUACGCCCUGACAUGGCACAAGUUUGUCAAGUCGCACCACGACGAUGAGGAGGAGAGACUCUUCGCCGAGAUUGAGAAGCUGGUGGGCGACAAGACCGUUUUCGCCACGACCCACCGGGAGCAUCAGCACUUCCUCCCCGGCCUCGAAGACUUCCACGCCUACCUCGCCUCGCUGACCGACCCGGCGCAAUUCUCCGGCGCCGAGCUGCGGCGCAUCAUGUCGACCUUCCAGCAGCCCUUCGAGGUGCACUUCCACUCGGAGAUCGCCACGCUGGCGGGGCUGGCGAGCCACCCGAACGCGCCGCGCGAGGGGACGGCGGAGGCGGCGAUGGCGAGGGCCGUGUUCAAGAGCUGGGGGAAGAGCACGGUGUCCAGGGCGGGCACGGCGGACGUGGUGCCGUUCUUCCUGAUGAACCUGGACCGCGGGGUCGAGGGGGGGAUGUGGGCCAACUGGCCGCCCAUGCCGGCGCCGAUUCGGUGGGGGCUCGCCAAUGUCGCCGGGGCGUGGUAUGGGGGUCGGUGGAGGUUUGCGAGCUGUGAUGCGCAGGGAAGGUCGAGGGAGUUGUAUGCUUUGGAGUCUCCUGCGUCGGGCAGUUGAUUUGGCUGGCCGAAUUGCAUGGCUGCAUGGAUGUUCUCCAUUGCUAGCGUGAGGGUAAGCCGACGAGUGAACUAUUUUUUGUUUGCUUCUACUCUCGAUGUGUGAAGCAACCCAGAGGAUGGCACAUGGAAGGGUCUUGGGAAGAAAAUAAUGUUCAAGCACAGCGUCAGUCUUCCCUAUGAGAGGACCAUGGGCAGAGAGAAAGAAGGGAAAGAAGAGGAAGCAAGCGAUGGGGCGACCAAAGGGGUACCUGCUUUCGCAUGCCAUGGGAGAAGUCACCUGAUCCAACGUCUCUCAGCAAAUGUCUCCAGUACUCCGGACCUCUUCCCAAGGUUAUGUGGCUUCAGCAUGGUUUGUCUUUUGCAAGUCUUCGGCUCAAUGUGACGAAAAUAAUGCUCGCCGCAGGAAACUCCCGCGCCUAGCCCAUUUGAUGUGGUUUGAACGCAAUAUCAACCGAGAGUAAUCCCCCCUAUAUUUUGUGUAUUCCU